UGCCUUCAUCGCGCUUUGUCCGACGGCCAUCGCUCCCUCAUCGCUCGUGUCCCCGACGGCCAAAAAAUGGCCGGGCCUUUGCCAGUCGAAUUAGCGAGUGAAAGACCGUAUCGUUCUCGGCGCCAAAGACCUUGCGAUCGCUGCCGUUCGCGUAAGCAACGGUGCAUAACCAAGCCCAGCGGAACGUGCCUCAAUUGCCAGAUAUCAGCCGUCGCGUGCACUUUUGUUGAUUCUCCAGCUGCGGAUCUACCUCGACAACGGAAAGCGAAACCCGACGCGAAAUCACCAAAAUCACCAAACGGGGAAGCCGGUUCCAGUCGUCGUUCAUAUGGAUCGUCCGGAUAUACGAGCCCGACUAUGAGUCUUGCAUCACCAACAGUGAAGCUGGAAAGGCACAACUCCCUUGACGUAAACUCACCUUUGACGUCUCCACGCUUCGAGUUGGGCAGUGCUCUCUCUUCCAUCGUCUUCAACUGGGAUCCCCCUUCAAUGCGGUUGGUCAACGAACCCAUCCCAAGUCAGGGCGAGGAAGACUUUCGGGCGCUGGAUUCGGACGCCGACGAUGAUUUUGAACCACAUUACGUCGGAGAAACGGCAGAGAGAGAUGGCCUUGUCCUCAGCGCAUUGGCUUCGGUUCACAGCAGCAGAAGUGGUGGAACACCCCCACAUUCGACACCCUUUCGCGUUCGUCAAGUCUCAACAAAUCAAACCGAACCCGUAUUCUUCUUAUUCGAGCGGGUGCGGCCCUAUGGCGAAGAUAGCGUCGGCAAAUAUACAAGUGCAGAGCUCAUUGGGCUGCUUGGACCCAGCAACAUCCAUCGUCUUCUCCAGCACUAUCUACGACUGGACGGUCUUGCAGUGCCGAUAUGGCGCUCCUCAGACUUCACUGACAAUCCCGAGCAACGUUUGCCUGCCGGCCUCUUUUGCGCUUAUGUCUCGCGGGGAAUAAUCUACGACGACCAAUUACGACACUUUUCUGCAGAUGCUUGGAAGGUUACCACGCUCACCAAUCGUGCGCAAUCCAGAAGUGCACGCGUGUCCACGAUCCAGGCUAAUCUUCUCGACUUGGACGGACGCCCUUCACUUAACCCCACUGGUAAUUCAAUGCUUCUUGGUCAAACCAUUGCCGCCGGACGUCUGAUGGGUCUUCACCUCGAUUGCUCCUCUUGGUUGAUUCCAAAGUGGGAAAAACAGCUCCGGAUCAAGUUGUGGUGGGCCGUCCUUCAACAAGAUAAAUGGUCUGCACUUUGUUAUGGUCGUUCCUCCUACAUCCAUUACACUGACUGGGACGUCCCGCUACCGCCAUGCGAGCACCCUAAUGAUUUUUCAUUCGUCUCUUUAUGCGAGCUCACCGUUAUUCUUGAUCGCAUUCUCCGUGAACUGCAUGUGGUCCGCCAAACCCAACGAUCAACCGAUAUCCGGGAGACAUUGCGCAAGAUAUCGAUGUUUGGUGUUGAAUUGGACACAUGGAAGCAUCGCCUUGAUGCGAUGGACAAUUCGCUCAACGGUUAUUAUCCGCCGGGCUUCCGUUCACUCCAACUAUCUCAUCUGGCAGUUGCUUUGCUCUUGGUUCGCUGUGUUCUGGACAUUGAUCUCCCACCGGCCGCUGCACAUUCCGCGUACGAUAGCGCUAUACGUGUUACGGAGGAAGUUGUUGUGUUCACGUCCAGUCUUACUCCUGAGGAUCUCCGAGGAUAUUUCACAACCUAUUCCGCUUUCCAUUUCUCAACUUGUCUUAUCCUCCUCGUUCGCCUUGUGCUGCAAGCCGAUGUAACUGACCAGUCCGAUGGCGCACCAUGGCAGCGUAUCUUGCAUCAACUUCGGAUUUUUAUUUCUGCAUUAUCAAAUGCCAGAAAAUCUGUACCAUCAUUCGAACUAGGCGACCUCGCUCUUGCCCGCGCAAGGCAUCUAAUACCCCUUCUGGCCAAGAACUUUCCUGAACUCUCAAUUGCGCUUGAACCGUUUUUCCCAGAGGAGAAUAUUCCUGUAGAGGUCCCGACAACUCCCUCGGGUUACGCGGCUCAAACACAGCAUGUCUGGCCUGAUAAUAAUGGAGCGGGACUGGAUGCAUUCUUUCCCGAGGUAACGCAGCCUGACUGGGCUGCGUUUCGGGACUACAUUCAGGUCCCAUUUUCGGCGGUAGUCCCGAAUUCGUACGGGCAAUGA